AUGAAACGUGUGCGGGAAGUAUACACCGAGGGGGCUGAGGAACGGCGCAGGAAGAUUAUUGACUUUAUUCGAUCUCUACAAUUCUCGGUUCCACUUUACCGUUUAAGGCAACAAGAAGGACGUAGACCUUGCGCAAACUGCGGGAAGCGCAGACAGUAUUAUUGCUAUGACUGCCUGACUGUCGUGCAUCCAGAGAGUCAUCCUCCACCUCUUUUCUUGCCACUGAACGUGUACGUUAUUCUUCACCCGGGUGAAAUUCGUGGGAAAAGCACGAGUCUAGCUGCAUCUACAAUUUCUCCCGAUUUGCAUAUUGUGGAGUAUCCGAAGGUGCCAAGUAGUUUGGAGCUGGAAUCGACGCUCGUCUUGUAUCCAAGCAGUCAGAGCACGGAGCUGAGCGAUAUCAAGGAUUUGGAUUCUGUUAAGAAUGUUGUUUUUAUUGACAGUACUUGGCAGCAGAGUAAGGCCAUUGCGCGUGACGAGCGCGUGUGCAGGUUUAAAAAGGUGCGCAUCAAGUCCCAGACGUCGCUCUUCUGGCGCUUUCAGAGCAAUGAUCCCACCUACUUAGCGACAGUUGAGGCUAUCUACUUUUUUUUGCGGGAGUUCAUUUCGAACAAGAGAAAGCACUGCGCAGAAGAGUCGAAAAAACCAUUGUACCGUGGGGAUGUGGACGAUUUACUUUUUUAUUACAUCAAUCAGUACGUUGCGGUGCAACAGCGUUAUAGUCACGAUACCACGAUGCAGUAUACAACACGACACUUUGACGGUUACAUUCUUCCCAGCAGUUCCUGGGACGAACUUGUGGCUCCACCGCCGAAAGACCUCAAAGAAGGCAACGUUAUCUGA